GACAGAGAGAAAGCCACAGAGCAGGAGGGUGUGCGGAGCAGAGCCAGAGCUUAGAGAGACCCAGUGAGGGCGGGUGCAGGCAGAGGCAAAGCCAGUGAUCGCAGGCGCCUGCGACCCCCGGAUUCCAGGGCACUACCGGAGUUCAGAAGAGCACCGGGCUACCGGCCAAGAGGUGGUGCGGGGCUCGGGGGUGAACACUCGCCCAGGUGCUCGCCGGUGAGGUGACCCCAGACUCCGAGUGGCUCCGUGCCCAGGUGCUCGCCUGGGAGGUGGCUCGGGGCUCCGGGUGGCUACGUGUCUAGGUGCUGGCCCAGGGGGUGGUGUGGGGUUCUGGCCAUGGCGACAGGGGCUAGGGGUCGCUGGGCUGCCGCGUCGCCUAGGGGCUAAGUCAGCAGUGGUCUGCGCCAUGGCGGCGCGGGGUUGCGGGCCCUGAGCGCCAGCUUCGGGCGCGCACCAUGAACUCGUGGGACGCGGGCCUGGCGGGGCUGCUGGUGGGCACGAUCGGCGUGUCGCUGCUGUCCAACGGGCUGGUGCUGCUCUGCCUCCUGCACAGCGCUGACAUCCGCCGCCAGGCGCCAGCUCUCUUCACUCUCAACCUAACGUGUGGCAACCUGCUGUGUACCGUGGUCAACAUGCCACUAACACUGGCCGGCGUCGUGGCACAACGGCAGCCGGCCGGGGACCGCCUGUGCCGCCUGGCCGCCUUCCUCGACACCUUUCUGGCCGCCAACUCCAUGCUCAGCAUGGCCGCGCUCAGCAUUGACCGCUGGGUGGCUGUGGUCUUCCCGCUGAGCUACCGUGUCAAGAUGCGCCUCCGAGACGCUGCCUUCAUGGUGGCCUACACGUGGCUGCACGCGCUCACCUUCCCGGCCACUGCGCUCGCCCUGUCCUGGCUCGGCUUCCACCAGCUGUAUGCCUCGUGCACACUGUGCAGCCGGCGGCCGGACGAGCGCCUGCGCUUUGCUGUCUUCACUAGCGCCUUCCAUGCGCUCAGCUUUCUGCUCUCCUUCAUCGUGCUCUGCUUCACGUACCUCAAGGUGCUCAAGGUGGCCCGCUUCCACUGCAAGCGCAUUGACGUGAUCACCAUGCAGACGCUUGUGCUGUUGGUGGAUAUCCACCCCAGUGUGAGGGAACGAUGUCUGGAGGAACAGAAGCGGAGGCGACAGCGUGCCACCAAGAAGAUCAGUACCUUCAUAGGGACCUUCCUCGUGUGCUUUGCACCCUAUGUGAUUACCAGGCUGGUGGAACUCUUCUCCACGGUGCCCAUUGGCUCUCACUGGGGUGUGCUGUCCAAGUGCUUGGCCUACAGCAAGGCUGCUUCUGACCCCUUCGUCUACUCUUUGCUGCGACACCAAUACCGCAGGAGCUGCAAAGAACUUCUGAACAGGAUCUUCAACAGACGCUCCAUUCACUCUGUGGGCCUCACAGGUGACUCUCACAGCCAGAACAUUCUGCCAGUGUCAGAAUGAAGGACCGCUCUCCUGUUGGGGCGUUCAGAAUGAGGUGGCCAGAGCAGAGGGAGGUGGUCUGGGACUCCUCGGUGGACAAUAACUGCCACCAUUGCCUGGUGAUUGCUGUGAUGCUGACGUAUGAGCAAGAUCUGGGGCCUGCUUCUUGGAUCUUCCAGGGUAGAUGUCAGACUGUCCCUAUUUGUCACCAAAGGAUGGCCAUAGGCCACACCCUGGCCUUUCUUUCUGAGAGUGUUUUGAGUGCUUAGACUCACCAAAGGCCUCCCAGAGGAUGGUAGGCCAGUUAGUGUCAAGGACACAGAGUGCUGGGGGCAGGUGUGGGGCACGAUACCCACCUGUUUGCUAACUACUGGUCAUGAGGCUCCAUGCUCCCAGGGACAUUUUAGUGAUGCUGAAAGUGAGGCUGUCUGUGGCCAUCUGGCUCCAGAUCUACUAUGGCAUCUCUUUUCCCCCUUGGUAGUCUUUGCUGCUGUAACCCAAAUAUUAUCCAGCUGGUGCCAACUACAUUAUGAUCAGCUGAUACCCUUGGGCCCUGAACUCAAUGGGAACAUGUUUAACAACAAGUUUGCUGCCUACCAGUUGUCUUAGGAAUGAUAGAUUGGAUUCAAUUUUUGUUCCUCUUCCAUCAAACUAAUGUUUGUAUUGACAAUCUUCGCAUGAAAGCGGUCUCAAUAGACAGGUCUUAGAUAAUGUUAGAUUCCAUGAAAUCUGAGCAGGAAGUCACCUUCUUCUGAUUUGCAUGCCAUAUGUAAGGGAGCCCAGGAAAUAUGGAAGCAGGAAGAUGGUGGCUGGUCUGUCCUACCUCCACAUCUGGGAUCUGAGUUGGUAGGGAGUACUUCCUCUUGUCUUAGACUCUUGUCCAUCGUAUCCUAGGAGCUGACUUGAACAGGGAUGCAGUCUUAGUUUUCAGAUACUGGGUUCCAUUAUUCGAGUGGUUCACUACCCUCAUUCUGCAAUUUUGUCUUGAGAAAGCAAGAGCUAUCCAAGGUCACUACAAAAGUGCUCUGUGCCACUGACGAGAGUGUAGCUAGUAUAGGAUGCCGUUCCUGUAAUAUACAUGUCAGUCCAUUGGGAGCCAUUGUCUUAGUCUCAUUAAAAACCAAGAUAAGGACAGGAGAAAAAGCUUAGCCAGUAAAGUGCUUACUGUGCAAGCAUGAAGGCCUAGUCCAAUCCCAAGAACCCAGAUUAAAAGCAAACUGAAUAUUGUGGUAUGCACCCAUAAUCCUAGCACUGGAGAAGAGAGAGAGUGACUCCAUAGAACUCACUGGUCAGCCAAGAUUUAGCUGAAUAGGUUAUAGGCCAGUGACAGAUCUCAGAAAAGAACAAGGUAGAUGGCAGCUUAGAAACAAUACCUGAGGUUGACCUCUGGCCUCCACAUUCCUGUGUGCCUGAAUGUGCACACACAUGUGAGCACACUCACUCGGCCCAUGCCCCCUCACUGUCUCAUUAUCAUUUCAGACUCGCUUGAGAAUGCUCAGAGCAGUUGUGUCGGAGCCCUGUAAGUGACUCCUAUGGGUGGGAAGGGUGGAGAGUCAUAAGUAUAAAAUCAUAAGUAUCACUCUCUUCUUAUAGCUCUGCACAUCCUAGUCUCAGAAGAAUAGGCUAUCCACCAGGCAGCCCCAGUAGUUAAAGGCAGACAAAUGUCUGCUUGUCUAUUUGAAAAGAUGGCCUAUCAUUAACUCUUGGCAAUUCAUUUAGAAAACAACUCCACCAGGCCUAGUGUUGCCAGGCUUCAGAGUUUCCAUGGAGACCAGAAUGGCGAUAAUUGUAACAUCUAAGGAGGCUUUAAUAGCCUCCCAUUGCUGGGAGAGGUAUGCUCACACCCGCCUUGUUAGAGAAAAAGAACCUGGGCAUCAGAGGGGACUUGCCAGGACACUUGUUUGGACUUUGUCUCCAGCUCUCCCCAGGUAGUCUUCUGGGGGAAUCUGGUAAGGUAUACCCCCUCCCUCCUGUGAUGAAGGAUGUUACACUGGUGGCUUAAAAUUAACCAUGGUGGAAGUUUUUAUACAUUCAGAAUACCUAAGUGUUAUAAAUCAGGCCUUCUCCCCAGAAAGAUGAUUGUCACCCAUCUACCAGCACAACACUGCCACGCAUUUGUUUCUGGAAUGAAACUCUCCUGGUUCAGAAUCCAUUUGGCCCCAUCUAUCCUAAAUCACAAUAUUCACUUCUAUAGCUUUCCUAGUAAUAAGCAGUUGCCUACCCUCUGUUAUUCCAACACUCAAAGUGCUAUCGAAGUUCAAAUCAAGCAGGAGGCUAAGGCAGCACGCACAAAUACUGCUAAAGUUCGGCAGAGGGUGACUGGAGACCCAAAGGGUGGGGUCCGUAGACAGGCAAAAGCAAGUCAUGACAUCCACUUCCCCUGUGUCACGUUGAAAGGAGAGUAAACCUGCAAAUCCUUUCUCUGCUUCCUCUGUAUAGG